GUAGACAAUGUUACAUAACACUUAGUUUUGAGUCCUGAGGACUCCUGACUCUACCCUGGGGCCCAGUGAUGCAUCAGGCUUUACUUGUUCCCGAAGUCCUCCUAGAGAUAUUCGCCUAUGUAUCACCUACUCAAACAACAUCGACCCCGAAAUCGCUUGCAGCGCUUGCAAGGACAUGCAAAAUCUUCCACGAGCCUGCGAUGGAUUUGCUGUGGACUGAAAUCCAUGGGUUGGAAGCACUGCUAGGCUGUGUAGCGAGGUUACAUCCACUGAUAUAUCAUAGUAGUAUAAGGUGUGACGAACCCUGGACGAAAGGCGUUGAGCCAUUAUCUGCCCAUGAGGUCCCUCAAUUUCUGCGUCACUCCUCCCGCAUACGCAAAUUGAAGAUACAAUCUGAACAUCCGUACCUUCUCUCUGUCAUCCCCGCCGAGGCAUGCAUAUUUCCGGGGCUGAAGUCAUUAAGUCUUACCACCGUAUAUUUGGACCUCUUUCUGCCUCACAUGCUGCACCGAUGUCAUCUAUUGGGCGCCGACGAGGGUCUGCAAUCUUUUGUGACACGUUGCAUUGCUCUGGAGCAUUUAUGUAUCUAUACUCCUGAAUGGCUCCUGGUUGACAGCAUAGCAAAUCAGAUGUCAUUGCUAUCCGAUAGGAUUCAUUGGUGCACGCGGCUUGUAACUCUUUCUUGUCCAAUGCUCGACUGGGCAACAUGGAAGCACCUCUCCUCCCUCCCUACUCUUCUCAAAUUGAGAAUUGAGCAAGGAUGUAAUGACCCUCCUUCGCUGUCACAACGAGACAUCGUGGAUCUAUCAAUCCUUAACAUCACAAGUCUUUCCUUUCAAGACAUCUAUUGUGCUGCAGAUAUCAUCACAGUCAUGCAACACUCGGAAUUUCCCUCGCUGAAAGAGUUCGAGUUUAGAGCCAAAUGUAUCUCUCCAGAAGAAGCCGAGCAACUCUUUCAUGCUCUGUCCCGCUGCAAAGCGUGUCGGACUCUAGAGGAAAUCACCAUUUAUUCUCUUAAUGACGGAUACCGUGUACCCCCAAACAGCGAGCCUUUGACACCAAUUCCGCAUUUCCUUUGCUUUACGCAGCUCCGAACCCUGAGGCUCACAUCUUAUAAUUCCUGCAUCUACCUGGGUAAUGACAUGCUCUUGCAAGCCAUGUCUACUUGGCCGCACAUCCGCACUCUGGAAAUCAAUGACUCAGGCGACUAUGCUUCUUCUUCCGAAGUCUCCCUCCGUGGAUUAUUCACAGCGCUCGGUCUAUGUCCAGAAUUGCAUACACUACAAGUUCCAAUCAAUCUUGCAACUAUCAACAUCGAUCCUGAUGCCGAGCCAAUACAACAUACCUCCCUACGAUCAUUGGAUUUAGACUUAUCCGAGUCUCAAACAACAGAUGCCGAAACUAUCGCUCGCAUUAUUUCUGCCUGGCUCCCUUGUGUCGACCAAGUUACAAACGUACAUGGUUUGAGCUGGGUUGAAGUCAACAGGUAUCUUGAAUCUUUGAGAACGGCUACUGCGCCUUAUGUUGCGGGAGCCUCCUAGAAUAAUUGAGUUCGGAAUAUCUUCACGUCCGGGAAUGUUGUUACAUACCUUCGAGUUCUUUCGUUCUUUCGUUAUCGUUGUCGUCACUGUUGACUGCAGCUAUAAACUAAUGUACUAGUACCUCUGCAUGAUAUCCAACAACCCAUCGGUUCACUGUCAUUAGUACGAUUUCCAACAUGAUUACGUGCGCCACC